AUGAGAGUGAGAAUAGCAUUAGAAGAGGAUGGUGCCAAGUAUGAGUAUAUUGAACAGGACUUGAGGAACAAGAGUCCUCUGCUUCUUCAAAUGAAUUCGGUUUACAAGAAGGUCUCAGUUCUAAUUCACAAUGGGAAACCAAUCCAUAAGUCUCGUAUUGUUGUUGAGUAUAUUGAUGAGAUGUGGAAUGACAAGUCUCAUUUGAUGUCUUUUGAUCCUUACGAGAGAGCUUAA